AUCUCCAAUCACGUGUCCAUGGCCAAUGCAAAUCACAAGGAAAAGCCAAAUAAAUCUGUUAUAAUCUGACACAAGAAGAAAGACUUCGUUUCAUAUUUCCAUGUGUCUGAGACUGCGAUAACCAACAAAUAGGCACAGUUAGUUAUUGAACAUAACCAUUUCUUAAUCAUCCUUAGACCUCUCCUACUAUAUACUUCGUUUUCUCUGCAUUUUCUUUAGUUUUUGAAACAUCAAGAAACUAAGAAAUGGCGUUCACUGGAACUCUGGACAAAUGCAAGGCUUGCGACAAGACUGUUUAUGUUGUUGAUAUGUUGUCUCUUGAAGGAGUGCCUUAUCAUAAAUACUGCUUCAAGUGCAGCCACUGCAAAGGAACUCUUGUUAUGAGCAACUACUCCUCCAUGGAUGGAGUCCUCUACUGCAAGACUCAUUUUGAGCAACUGUUCAAGGAAUCUGGAAAUUUCAGCAAGAAUUUCCAAGCAGGAAAGGCUGAGAAGCAAAAUGACCCUUCCAGGGCACCCAGCAAAGUGUCUUCCAUGUUCUCAGGAACCCAAGACAAAUGCUCUGCUUGUAGCAAAACAGUGUAUCCGCUGGAGAAGGUGACUAUGGAAGGAGAAUGCUUUCACAAGUCAUGCUUCAGGUGUGCUCAUGGUGGGUGUCCACUCACACAUUCAUCCUAUGCUGCUCUUGAUGGAGUCCUCUAUUGCAAGCACCACUUUGCUCAGCUGUUUAUGGAGAAAGGGAGCUAUACCCAUGUCCUCCAGGCAGCUUCCCACAAGAGAACUGCUUCUUCCACACCACCUCCUGAGCUGGCUGAAUCAAACUCAGAGGACCCAACUCCUGAUGCUAAUAACUAGAAGAGCUGCCAUCUUCUACUUCUGAUUUUUUUUUUUUUCUUUUGCAUCCUUACUUCUUUCAUCAAAAGUUUGAUUUUUUGUUGGGUUGGCAGAUGCUGCCAUCAUCAUGUUCAACAUUGUUGUCUAAUUCUUCACAAUUUUGUUAUUGGAUUUCCUUAUAACUAUGUUAUUGAUACAAAUUAAAUCAAUUGGUUCAAUAUUUGUUUUC